GAUGUUUGAGGUUUGAAGUUUUCAGAUGCUGCAAUUCGUCAGCAGCAACAUCAUGCCCACUUUUAGAGUCUUUGGAUAUGUCAAAUUGUUCAUGUGUGAGUGAUGAAACGCUACGUGAAAUAGCCCUUACUUGUGGUAAUCUCCAUGUUCUUAAUGCGUCAUACUGCCCAAACAUCUCUCUUGAGUCUGUGAGACUACCAAUGUUGACAGUUCUCAAGCUUCACAGCUGUGAGGGCAUAACUUCAGCUUCAAUGGCGGCAAUAUCUCAUAGUUACAUGUUGGAGGUCUUGGAGCUUGACAAUUGCAGCUUAUUGGCAGCAGUGUCGUUGGAUCUUCCACGCCUGCAGAAUAUAAGACUCGUCCAUUGUCGCUAUAGCAAAUCCACAGUGUUUCGCAUAUUGUGCAUAAAAUGCGUACAAUUCUUGUUUUGA